GUGCAGUGUUGAGUUAGGAGGUGGAGCUCACGUCUUCAGAACUUGUUGAACAUGGCGACGCCAAAUUCUAAGAUGAAAACACCGAAGAUGAGAACUCCAAUGUCAAGGUACAGAAGAAGACCAGCCCCAUACCUCAACAACAGCUUCAAGUCACCAGUGAGGACUCCUGCUGCCCCCCUCCCCCCUAAGGACCAGGCAUCUCUUGCUCAGGAAGUGGAGAUGCUGAGAAUGAAAGAGGCGGGACUGAAGGAGCAGGUGGAGCGGCUUCAGCAGGAAGGUUACGAUGAGGCUGACCUGCCUGAGUGCACCCGGAUGCUGCACAGGUACAACGAGAUGAAAGACGUGGGACAGAUGCUGCUGGGCAGACUAGCUACCCUGGAAGGAGUGACCAUGAGAGAGAUGUACCAAAGGUUUGGGCUGGAUCUGGAGGACUGAAGAAGUGGAACUCAUCACAGCUGCAACUUUCUUACAGAAACAUGAGUUUAUUUCUGAAGUUCCGCUUCCUGGAAUGACUGGACUUGGACACAGACAUGUUUACAUACCAGUAGACAUGUCAGGGUAACAGCAAGGCAUCCCUGAUGUGUUGUUUUUGGAAGUUCUCCUUUCAGUCUGUUUGGCCCCAGAAAGUUCAGGCCCCUAGCUAGAAUAUUGUAUGUUUAAAGUACAACUUAGCUUAAAGUGAUGACUGCAUAGCCCAGUGGCUUAAGUUGUUGCUAUGCCAGAAAAUUGAGACGAUCAGUAUUUAAAUCCUGUCUUGCUGUUGUCUACCUGUCUGGCACCAAAGAUAUUGGAAAGGGAUGUCGCAAGCCAUUGCUACUAACAGUACAUUGUACUUACCAAGAAAGGAAGGGAACUUUUCCUAGCUGAAAAGCUGUAUGCAAUAACGAAACAAAGAGCCGAGGCAAUGACAGACAUUUUGUAAAGUUUAUUAUUUGUGUUCCUUUACAUGAUAUGGUGCAUUGUAGAAUAUAUAUUCAUGAAUAUUAUACAAGAGAAAGUAUUGGCAUAGUGACAGAAGAGAUAGAUUACAUAAAAUCAAGACACAGACACCUCAAGAGUAAUAAUCAGGAAUAAUAACAUUACAACAAAAACAAGAAAGCUGAACAACACAGAUAAAGCCUGUAUGUACAGCUUAUUAAAUGUAAAUAAAACUUUGCUGUAGUUCACCCCAAAAUUAGUUUUGAAGUCAUGAUUUUGCAACAAUUUCCACAAUUAUUACAAAUCUCAAAAUCAUAGUUUAUAGUAUUAGCUCACAAUAUGAUCAUCCUUUGGCAAUUGUAUUUAGCAUAUUUACAUUUGUCUUAAUUCCUUCAACCAGUGCUAAUAGAUUACUUGAUAAAACUCAUAUAACAAUGAGCGUAGUGUUAAUGAUACUAUUGGUAAUCACUUUUCAUAAUGACCACAUAACUGAUCACCUCCUAUUAGUAAUUAUACUGAAUGCAGAUUAAGCUCCCUGGAUUUCAAAUAUAAUCAUUUUAGGAAAAAGAACCAACAACUAAGUUUGGUGUGGCCCUAACACGUCAUUGAAAAAUAAUA